CCGCGCAUGACCCACAGCCGACCUCGUUGCCACAUGGUGUUGUCGGGCACCUGCAGAUUGGAACAGACAGUCACUUAUCUCAGAAACUACCACCACAAACAAUGGCCGCCAUGCAGCUCCUCGUCCUCGCAGCUGUACUCGUUUGUUCUUCUGCCUUCAUAUUCGUAUCCAACACAAUAAAUGAGAUAUACCAAGGUUACCACUUCGAGCAACACACGUCACAUAGGUUGUUCUUGAUCAGAGACCAGCUGAACUGUUACUUGGUCCAUAUCGAUGACGCCAUGAAACAAGCACUUUUACAACCCGUGACCAAGCGUGCUGUUGAGGAUGGCAUUUUAGCCAAGAUCAACUCCGGAAGUGACGUGACGGACGUCGGCAAUGAUGACAUCAAACAAGACUACCACGACUACCUCGCAUCUGCUCAAUGUUCCAACCUCGGCGUCCACACCGUAGCGUAUACCUACGUGCCUGCCGUCACCACGUCGCCAGUCACCGCCACAGCGUCCCAAUGAUGUCGUCAAUGCUGUUUCCAUCUCCAUACCGGCUGACAAUGGCGUAUGAUGGCAUCUUUGUGUGUGAAAGAUUUGUAUUCUCGGGAAUUAAAGGAAUUGUAACAGAC